AGUACAAAACAAAAAACACAAUCUCUCUGUCUCUCAACAAAAGUCAAAACUCAACAAAAUCGAAGUUCGCGAUGGCUGAAGAAGACGACUCACCACAAUUCCUAGAGGUCACCUGCCGAACCUCCGGCAAGACACUACGGUUUGCUCCGGGAACCGAUGCCGGAUUUGCGGUGGCUCUGAUAAACCGGAAACUCAAAGGAACGCUUCCAAUAGCAACACAUAUUGAAGCUGUAAAAGAUGGAAAAGAAGAAGAAACAAUUGCUUUUGGAUCAAAUGCUAUUCUUUCCAAUUUUGGUCAUAAUUGGAAGCUUCAAACUGUUCUUUCUUCUGAAGAGCAGAGAAAAGGAAUGGCAAAGGAGACACCAAGACAUGUUGCAGGUGGUAAAAGCAGAGAACCUAACCAAAUAAGCUCAGCAUAUAUUGUUAAAAUAAUUCUAGCUUUUAUUUUGAUUUUUGUACUAGGUGCAAUUUUUACUUUGUUUCUUGAUAAUCUUCCUGAGUUGAUAGUGUUUGUUAAAUCAAUGAUAUAAUACUUUUAUUUAUUUGAUUGUAACUUAUGAUUUGAAUAAAUGGCUUAAAUUGUAUAGCCUUUUGUUUUUUAAUUAAUGGGAAUAUAACUCAAUCUUGUGCACA